AUGGCGCUACCUCUCACCACUUUCUCUGGUCUUAGGACAGAAAUGAGCAUGCAGGAAACCAACCGGUACUCGCGCUCUCAGCUGGAAAAAGGCAAACAGGACCUCCGAGAUCUCACAGAGAAAUUCCUCACAUCCAAAGCUACAGCUGACUCCCUGGCCAACCAGCUGCUGAAAUACACGUGCGAGACGGCAGUGGCUUUGAAGAGUGAUGGACGCUACAGGGCCGAGGGAGCUGGAAAAAACGCCCUGAGAUUCUUGGCGGAAGUGCGGGCGCCCAACGAGUACUUGCGCAGCCGCAGUGAGGCCCAGCGGAGGCGGACGUCCUUACGUGGGUUCCAUGGUGUAAUGAACCUCUGGCUCCCGCGUCUCCAUUGGCCACUAACGCGCUGUUACCCUGACUUCGGGACUCGGCUCCAGGGAGGGUCAUCCUUUCGCCCCCCACUUCGGCAGACAGCAGGAAGCCGCACCGGGGACCCUAGCCUCCGGGCAGGUCGUGGAGACCAGCGGUCCCUGACGGGCGCGGGGUCAGGCUCCUCCGGGGACCAAGGCGACGCGACGCGGAGCAGCUCCGGGUCCCGGACCCUCGCGGCUCCCGCUCCGUGCCGCCCCGACUCCGCUCCCCCGAGAAGACGCCUUAGCUCUGACCCGUGGGGACGCCGGUUCUCUUUCGCUCGCUGUUACAAAGGCCUGACAAACACAGGGGCCUUUUUGGAGGCUCACUUCGGAGAACACGAACAAGGGAGAGGUGCGGGGCUGGGCGAGCGGAAGAAAAUAGUCCCGGGAGGGAAGGGGACAGGAAAGCGCGGAGGACGACAAAGAAGGAGGGAGGACCUGGGGUGCGGAAGGCAGAGGCGCUGCUGGGCCACCCACCGCGGCUGCGGUUUUCUUCGCUGCCUUUGGGCGACCGCAGCUCCUCUCCCGGGAGCGCUCCCACCCUUUCCUGACCCGCCCGGGAACCCGGUGCCUCCCCAAGUCGCAGAGCUGCUUGCCCGGCACCUGGUCUGAUGAACUGCCCUUUCCCUGUGCGGUUAAGAGGGGCGAGGUGGGUCGUGUUGGUUUGCAAGUGAGUGCGAGCCAGUCUGGAGCCUUGCGGGGGGCUCCCUUGAACGGAGGGCGGGUGGGAAAUAGACACCCACUCCUCUUUCCUUGGCAGGGCCUGGUGUGGAAAACUGGGAAAGGAACUUUGAGGAGAAUAUAUGCUAAGUAAAAAACUAA